AUAGAGAAGUGGGGACGAGACAUGCAGAUGAGUCUCGCCACUAUAAGCCAUCCACAUCCCCAAUAACAAAAACCCGCUCCAUUUCCACAUCGCUCUCUCUCCCUUCUCCAUUUUCUUCUCUUCUUUUUAUAAAUCCCUUUCUUUCUGGAAUUGAAGAUUCUCUCUAUUAGAUUCUCUUCUCUUUUGUUUCCCUCCACUCGUACUCUAUAUUUUGAUCGAUUCGCAUGCUUAUUAUAAUUGAAUCGUACCUCAAUUCAAAACCCUAGCUCCACCUGCCUUUCUCUCGCUCGUCUCAUCAAAUUUUGACUGGUUGCAACAAUGUCAACUCCUGCAAGAAAGAGAUUGAUGAGAGAUUUUAAGAGGUUGCAGAAUGAUCCACCUGCAGGGAUAAGCGGAGCACCCCAAGACAACAACAUAAUGCUUUGGAAUGCUGUGAUUUUUGGCCCUGAUGACACUCCUUGGGAUGGAGGUACGUUCAAAUUGACUUUACAGUUUACUGAGGAUUAUCCAAACAAACCACCAACUGUGCGAUUUGUUUCUCGAAUGUUCCAUCCAAAUAUUUAUGCAGAUGGAAGUAUCUGUUUGGAUAUUUUACAAAAUCAGUGGAGUCCCAUAUAUGACGUGGCUGCUAUUCUUACAUCUAUACAGUCGUUGCUCUGUGACCCCAACCCCAAUUCUCCUGCAAAUUCAGAAGCAGCUCGGAUGUUUAGUGAAAACAAGCGGGAGUACAACCGGAGAGUGAGGGAAAUUGUGGAGCAGAGCUGGACAGCAGACUAAUCUUGCUGCUAUGGCAGGGCAGUCCGAGUCUGGAUUUUGGUGGCAUGCAAUAAGUAGCAUGUCCUUUAAGAAUUGUCCUGUGAUAUUAUCCACUCUUAUCCUUUACCCUUGGCUUCUCUCCUAAUUACUGAAUGUUAGGUUUGUCUCUGCUUUAAUUUGACUUUCCCCAUUGUCUUUGCGCUUCAUGUAAAAUAUAAAUUUGUGUAUCAAUUUGCAUUGAAUUUUUGUGGAAUCUUGGUGCUUCAAUAUAAAAAUUUGUAAACUGCUUUGGUUGCAA